UGUAUCAGCGAGUUCGUAUCGUAGAGAUUCAAGAUGACUGGUCGCGGUAAGGGAGGAAAGGGAUUGGGAAAAGGAGGAGCAAAGCGUCACAGGAAAGUUCUUCGCGAUAACAUCCAGGGUAUCACCAAGCCAGCUAUCCGUCGUUUGGCACGACGUGGUGGUGUCAAGCGUAUAUCCGGCUUGAUCUACGAAGAAACUCGAGGUGUGUUGAAGGUCUUCCUUGAGAACGUUAUUCGCGAUGCUGUAACCUACACCGAACACGCGAAAAGGAAGACUGUAACCGCCAUGGACGUCGUAUACGCCCUCAAACGUCAAGGCAGAACUCUGUACGGCUUUGGUGGUUAAACGAAGAACAGUGGCUCUACAAAUCAAAUCGGCCCUUUUCAGGGCCACAAAUAUUUCAAACGUUUGAAUAAUUUCUGUUCGUUGUAUAAUCCUAUUA